AAUCGCGGUUUCUGCGAGGGUUGGAUCCGUGUGUGUCGAGCUGUUUCUGGGUGUUAACCGCAGAAGAUCAGGGAGGGCUGGAGUGAUUUGUUCCCGCCUUAAACUCGUUCACUGAUACCAGCCUGAAUCGGAUAUUACUGCACACGCGCUGCAGUUCUGAUACACUGAUACACUGUUUCAGUCCGGCGCGGAUUAGAACUCUCAGUGUUACAUUGUGACAUCGCGCCGCGCGGACUCUGAUACACUGUAUCUGGAUGGUGAUGAUGGAGCGCUGGAAGGGGAGAGUCGCGCUGGUCACCGGAGCGUCUGUCGGGAUCGGAGCGGCGGUGGCUCGCGCUCUCGUCCAGCACGGCAUGAAGGUGGUCGGCUGCGCGCGGAACGUGGACAAGAUCGAGAAGCUGGCAGCCGAGUGUCAGAGCGCGGGAUACAGCGGCACUCUGAUCCCGUAUAAGUGUGAUCUGUGCAACGAGGAAGAGAUUCUGUCCAUGUUUUCGGCCAUUAAGACGCUGCAUCAGGGAGUGGACGUGUGCAUCAACAACGCUGGCCUGGCUCACAACGAACCGCUGCUGAGCGGAAGGACAGAGGGCUGGAGGAACAUGAUCGAUGUCAACAUACUCGCUCUGGCCAUCUGCACACGCGAGGCCUACCAGUCCAUGAAGGAGAGACACGUGGAUGACGGACACAUCAUCAACAUCAACAGUAUGGGGGGUCACAGGAUGGUGCCCAGCGCUGACGAACACUUCUACUGCGCCACGAAAUACGCUGUGACUGCUAUGACAGAGGGGCUGAGACAGGAGCUACGGGAGGCCAAAACACACAUCCGAGCCACGUGUAUAUCACCUGGAAUAGUGGAAACUGAAUUUGCCUUCCGGCAUCACAACAGUGAUCCAGAGAGAGCCGCGGCUGUUUAUGAAAGUAUAAAGUGUUUGAAAGCUGAAGACAUCGCCAGCGCCGUCACAUACGUCCUGAGCGCGCCUGCUCAUGUUCAGAUCGGAGACAUUCAGAUGCGGCCGGUGGAGCAAGUGUCAUAGGAGCCGAUCGGGAACGGGACAACAUGCAGUGGGCGACACCUACUGGGCAAAAACCCUUUUAACUCCUAGUUUUAAAGAACUGAUUGAAGGGAAUUGGUUUGGGUUUGCAGAUCGGAUCAAAUCUGAGAACGCAGCGCUUUGUGGCUCCAUCUGAUACUCGGACGCUCGGAAGCGUCGGAGAGCGAGAUUACAGAUGUACACAGUCUGCUGCUGUCUCAAAUAUAAGGGGAAACUUACAGGCUUUUCUAAAAACACACAACACGAGAAACUGGAACAAGAGAGCGAAGAUUUAAUGUGUGUUACUGUUUGAUACGGUCAUCUGAGACCAGUGCGCCAUGAGUUGCACAUCAUUUUGUUUUGUUUUUUAGGUCAUAUUACAUAUCUGUUUGAGAGUGUGACGAACGGUGAGGUGUUGUUAAUUACUGUAAUAUUUUUUAGGAGUAUUCUAACUUGAAUUGUAUGUAGAUGUGGUUCUCAUACAGAUCCAGCUACUGUUCAUUUGAAUCGGUGAAACAAAAUCAAGCGCGUGUUUUUUUUAUUAGAGAAACCCGUUUGACUGCAGUCACACUCCGAAUCAGAAACCUGAUGAUAAACAAUGGUUUUUACAUUGAACUUUCACUGAAUGAAAGGUACGACACUGGCUUCUUUCUUAGGAAAACAAGUAUGGAAACACUGUUGAGGACUAUAAUACUUGAUGUAGUCGAUUCUUACUGAUUAAACUUGAUUAUGAUUAUUGGUUAUGGAUAAAUUCCUUUCCUUUUCACUGUAUGUCACCUCUAUAUCUCAAAACAAUCCAAAACUUGUUUUUGUGUUUGUGUUUCUUUUCUAUUAAAAUCUUCAAAAAUCUUCUAAUAUUUGGGAAACUACCCUUCAUUUCACCAGUGGAAGCUUAAAUGUUAUUAUAUGAAAUAAAUCAAAUAUCAUAUCAUGAGACCUGUCCAGUGCACAUUCACCAGAAAAUUAAGAUAAUAUUUUGUGACAUUAUUUGAAUGACAAUUAAGAAAAUUUUGAGACAAUUUGCAUUUCUCUAAUAAUAAUAAUAAUAAUAAUAAUAAUAAUAAUAAUAAAAUCCUAUUAAAAUUUAGAAUUUUAAAUCAUGCUAUUAUUUGUUGUUUGCCUUUUACCAAUUUUAUGUUUUAAUUUACUUUUUAAUACAGUAAUUACAUAAAAUUUUUGUUGGUAGUAUUUGUUUCACUGCCUUUAAAAAAAAUCUUAUGGUAAUUUUUUUAAACUUAAUACAAUAAAAAUCACUUAAUGUGUUUAAUUGUAAUUAUAAUAAUGUAACAAUGUAAAUUCUCUAUGCUGUAUGACAUUAUUUUCAUUACAAUUAAGAAUACCCCCCCAAUUCACAUUAGCAUAAUCCAAAAAAACAAAUCCUAAUAAAUUUGAUUGCAUGUGUUGUGUUGCCUUUAAGCGUAUUUUUAGAAACUAUUUAAAAAAAAAUUGAUUUGUCAACAAAAAUACAUUAUAUUACAAAUAUUUAAUGUUGGUCGCAAAACCUUUGCGCAGAUUUAAAUUUAAAUAAUUUUUUACAGUAAGUAAAAAACAAUUACUUGCGUUACAAAAUGUGCUUAAUUGUGAUUAAAAUAAUGUCACAAUGAAAAAUCAUUAUGCUCCUAAAAAUAGGCUUAAUGUUCUUAUUUCUUUUGGUUUUCCGGUGAACGUGCAUGUUUUCUUGAGAUUGGCCCUCUUGAAUUGGAAUCUUAUCCAUAAAUCUACAGCAGGUUGGGAUCAAAGAACAAAGUCUUAUUCUGAAAUGUACCCGUUAUCAUGUAUAAAUCCACAUGAACUAUUACCAGAGUUAACAGUAUUUGGUUUGUAUAUUUUUAGCAUGAAUGAAUUCUGAAUUCGCAUGAAUGUCAGCUUCUAACACUUGCUGAAGAUGUACAAAAUAAGGAGCUCUUGCUGUGAAGGAGAGCAAAGGAGCCAGUCGCUGAACGCACUGAGGGUGAAGUUCACUGCAUGGACCCUGAGCGAGGGUUUUAUCUCGUGUUGGACUGUUGUUCAAUCAUCAUGCCCAUAAACACCUGCUAAUGAGAAUAAAAACAUGAUGGGCUCAAAAAAA